UGCUCAAAAAAAAAAAAAGGUUUCUGUUUACAUCAAGAAAAGGAGCAUACUUCAUUUUUCUCUCACAACGCACAUAUUCACGUAAACGCAGCGACUUUGAUCUGAAAUCCGAUCAUCAUAAUCAUGCCGAAGGAACAAGCAAACUGGUCUCCCUACGACAACAAUGGAGGAACUUGUGUCGCGAUUGCCGGUGCGGAUUACUGUGUGAUUGCAGCCGAUACUCGAAUGUCCACUGGCUACAGUAUUCUCACCCGAGAGUACUCCAAAAUCUGUAAAUUAGCGGACAAAAGCUUCAUGGCUUCUUCAGGAUUUCAAGCUGAUGUGAAAGCAUUGCAGAAGGUCCUGGCCUCUAGACACUCUAUCUAUCAGCAUCAGCACAACAAGCAGAUGAGUUGCCCUGCAAUGGCGCAGCUUUUAUCAAACACCCUUUACUACAAACGAUUCUUUCCAUACUACGCAUUCAAUGUUUUAGGUGGACUUGAUAGUGAAGGAAAAGGUUGUGUGUUCACAUAUGAUGCUGUUGGAUCAUAUGAAAGAGUUGGAUACAGUGCUCAAGGCUCUGGUGCUACACUUAUUACUCCCUUUUUGGAUAACCAACUUAAAUCCCCUAGCCCUCUUCUGUUGCCAGCAAAGGAUGCUGUUACACCACUUUCUGAAGCUGAAGCUAUUGAUUUGGUGAAGACUUGUUUUGCAUCUGCAACAGAAAGAGAUAUAUACACUGGAGACAAGGUCGAAAUCGUAAUUUUGAAUGCUGAUGGUAUUCGGCGUGAAUACGAGGAACUUCGCAGAGAUUAGUCCUUCCAUGAAAUUUGACUCUUGUGAUCAAUCAUGUUUUGAUGGUGUUUCAUAUCUGAGUUCUUGUAAUUUACUCUUGAUGUUGAAUCACUUAAUUUUGCAAUCACAUAAAACUUGUGUUUUCGCCUUCU